AUGACGCUCAGUAUCUCGAUUGAUCCAGACCCCAACGGUUCGGAUCGCUCUUACUCUGACGACGAGGAUUCGUCCGGUGUGCAUGUCUCUGCUUCAGAGCUAGAAAGUCAUGAGUACCAUGAUUAUGAUGAGUGGGCGCAUUUGCCAUAUCCGGAUGAAUGUGAAGUGAAACCAUCUGAUUCAGCCUCCCGACCAAGAACUUCGCACCGUAGUCGUCCGCCCCACGGUUCGCGCUCCGCUUCGGGCCGCCGCCCAACAUCACGACGCAUGAUUCCAGAACACCCGUCAUUCUCCGCCCCUCGAGGCCGAAGACCGCAAUCGCCAGAUUCUCCCGACAGUGCUGAUUCGGCUGACGAAUACACUACCAAUUUUGGCCGCCGGGAUGAUCGAAGGCCAUGGCAACAACCAGGACCCCCGGCGCCUGGGUAUGCUCCCAGCCAGUCGUCCGGUCCAUCUUACGCCCCUUACCCUCCCGUCCCAGGCCAUGGCCAUGGCCAUGGCCCAUAUGUCCAUCACAACCUUCCGAUUACAUCAGAACUCAUGAGAUUCCUUCUCCUCCAUCACAACCGGAACCUAAAUCUCCGCCACCACCGACACCUGCACCUGCACCUGCGCCUGAACCCGCCCCGGCCCCUGCCCCUGCCCCUGCCCCUGAGCCUGCCCCCUCCUCCUCCCCCGCCACCUCCACCUCCGCCUCCACCCCCACCCCCGGCCGAUACGGCGAAGGAUGAACAAAUUGCGAGGCUAGAGAAGUUGAUCUUAGACGACCGUCUAGAGCGCGAAGCGAAAGAAAAGGAGCGCGAGGCGAAAGAAAAGGAGCGCGAGGCGAAAGAACUUGCCAAAAAACAGGCUAUCGAACGCGCAGCCGCCGAAAAAGCAGCUCAAGAUGCACAGACGGCGCACGAUAGAAAGAUCACAUUAGAGGCUGCGGCUCUAGCUCGAGCCGAUGCUGAAAAAAAAGCUGCAGAAGAUGCCGCUAAGGCCAAGGAGGAAGCGGAGAAAGCCACUGCGGCUGCGGCUGCUGAGGCAGCAGCAGCAGCAACAGCCGCGGCCAAUGAAGCGGCUGCCAAAGCUGCCGAACCGCCUCCACCUCCCCCGCCUCCCCCGCCUCCAGAGAAGAAGCUGCCCAUCAAGUUCAAGGACGCUGUCGGGAGGAAAUUCAGUUUUCCAUUUGAGCUGUGUGCUACUUGGCAGGGUAUGGAAGAGCUUAUCCGACAGGCUUUCCUCCACAUAGAAGUCAUUGGACCCCAUGUAGCCGAAGGCCAUUAUGAUCUUAUUGGGCCGAAUGGCGAUAUCAUUCUCCCGCAGGUUUGGGAAACUGUGGUCGAGCCUGACUGGGCCAUCACGAUGCACAUGUGGCCCAUUCCCGAGAAGCCAAAGGAAGACCCUCCUCCACCUCCGGCAGAACCAGCUCCCGUCAAACCUCCCGAUCCACCUGCUGAGCCGAAGAAGAAACCAGAUGGUAAGUAUCUAAGCUUGAAGCAUCCCCACAAACAUGCGCUUACACUUCCUCUAGCUCCUAAAAAAACCAAAUCUAGAGGAACGGAAGUGCCUGGAAGCUUUGCGAUGUGGAUGUUAGGUGGUGCAAAUCGACGAGGGGGUAAAGGGGGUCUGAAAGUGGAAAAGAAGCCCGAGGCCCCUGCUCCAGCGCCCGCGCCAUGA